AUGUCAAGAGUCGCCCAAUUAGAUUCCUCGGCUCUGGACCAAGAGAUUCACAGCUUAUUCUGGUCAGAGUUCACUCAAAAUAUCAGCCCGGGCAAAAAUAAGGAAGAGUGGCAGCUUGCUUUAGAAACUUUGGUAUUUUAUUUUGGAUCUAAAUAUGCGCCAAUUGAUCAAGGAACGACAACCUAUGGUUCGCAAUUAAGUGGGGUCAAAUUUGCAUGCAAAAGACGGACCCUCUUUAUCAUAAGUAUACUUUCCAAAUACUUAAACUCCCGAAUAUCACAUCUAUUGUUCACUACAAGUGCUACUAUAAGACUUAUAGAUGCCUACAGAUACCUAUCUCACAUUUACUCGGCACUAGAUCUACUAAAUUUUGCUCACUUCCUGUUUUCAACUAGCUCGACAGGUCUCAAAUACCUUUCCCCAUUGCACCGGAUAUUAGGAGUUUCAUCGUCAACAGACACUCUUAAUCCUAUAAACUUUUAUCAUGAAACAGUCUAUGCCGGCAUAGAAUAUCAAAACAGACAGCUUUUGUGGAAUGCAAUACUUGAGCUGUUCAACGUAACAUUGCUGAACAAUGCCAGAUGGCUCAAUAGAAAACCACAAACACAAACAAUACUUUCAGGACAAGAUAAAAGAGUAGUCCAUUGUCCCAGAUGUUCGGAGUUUCCGACUAAUCCAUAUAAGCUUUCGUGCUGCAAAACAAUUUACUGCUACAUUUGCGUGGUAAAAUCUCUAGAAAUUGGCCAAUGUGAUAAUUGCAACUCGUCAAACGAACUGCAGGCAACACCAAUCUACUAA